AAAAAAAGAAAAAAAGAAAAAAAAAGGCAAAAAUUGUUGUGAGCCACGCGUUGAGCUUGAGAGGAAGAACAUCACAGGUGGUGGUGAUACACCGUGAGUCAGAGAAGCCUUAACUAUCUAUUGGUUUGAAAUUUAUUUGGGGUUAGGGUUUGCGUCUGGGUUUGUACUUCGAACAGCAUUCGGAUUUCUUGUCUGCUUCGUCUCUUUCCUUCAAAUUCGUCUUCUUGCUGAUGCCAAGCCAUCUUUCCCUUGUUAUUAUUUGAUGUUGCAUUUGGACAUUGCACUAAUUUGGAGGACAAAGGGUUGUUUGUUUCAGACUUGGAAGCUGUAUGGGCGGAAAAACUUAGUGUUCUUCUGAUGUCUUUAACAUGCAAAUGGAGCCACAAGUCUCCUUGGGUUGUGAACCAUGCCUCCAUCCUGAGAAAAUCCUAAUUAAGGAUGGUGAUUGUGGUGUAACUGUAUCCUUUCAAAACCAUGAUGUACAGCAGCCAGUUUCCAGUGCAGCGAAAAAACAAACACGGCAAUGGGCUGCUUGGACACGUCAAGAGGAGGAAAGCUUCUUCACUGCAUUGCGGCAAGUUGGCAAGAAUUUCGAGAAGAUCACGUGCCGUGUUCAAAGUAAAAACAAGGAUCAGGUCAGACAUUAUUACUAUCGUCUUGUGAGGCGUAUGAACAAGUUACUGGGUCCCGGACUUUGUCUUGAUGCCAAAAAUUCUAAAGAUACUAAUGCUGCAAUGCUUCGAUGGUGGUCUUUACUCGAAAAGUAUAGCUGUAAAGCCUCAAAGCUUCACCUGAAGCCUCGAAGGUUCAAGAUAUUUAUAGAGACCUUGGAGCACCAACUUUUGAAAGAUCGAAAGAAGAGUAAACGGAAACGGCCUUUUCAGGGGGAAAACUGUUCUCCCACAAUUCCAACAACUGUCUCAAAUCAGAGCAGAUCAUCAGGAAAUGACACUCAUGCAGUUAAAUUGGUUAUGUUUGACAGUCAAAACAUUCAAAAAUUAGGACCUGGAAAAGGAUCUUCAGUAAGGCGCAAUGUAAAUGUAGGAAUUAAUCGUAGCAACUGCAAAGCAGACUCAUUUCCAGUAAAAACAGUAAGACAGCGGCGGAAAGCAGCAGGUACUGCCUCAACAGCUGCAUACAAGAGAUGGGAGAAGGCCGCAAUCGCUGGAGUUUCAUUGGUGGCUGAUGCCGCUGAGCAUUUGGAGAGGACAACCACAGAUAAAGAGGUUGAACUUGUCCAAGUUACACUGGGGCAAAACAGUUUUGAUCCUAUCGGAAAAGAUGUUCCUUCUCCUUUGCCAAUUUCUUCACCAAAUUCUUUCAAUGAGAAUAAUAUACAAACUGCUGUUAAACUUAAGCUCCAGUUGUUCCCAAUUGAUGAAGGUACCCGAAAAGCCUUGGAAAUGGAUAAUCAUAAUCCACACCUGGAGCUCACAUUAAGCACUCGCAAAAAGAUAUCAUCAGUUUUGGAACAUCUCAAUCGCAAAUGGGGAAAUUCAAGUGUAGCAUCUGGAGAACUAAUGCUUUUCCCCUACUGUGUUCAAAGGGAAAACCUUGUGGGUUUUUGUAGGUGGACUCAGGAUUCUGUUCUUAGUGCCGCAGAUGUAUAUGCACUGAUUGGAAGCCCUCCAGUUUUCCGCUUGAGGUAUGGUUGGUUUUCCAAUGAUGAGUUCGUGUUAGCAACUCCUCAACCACCUACAGUGUCAUCUGGCAUAAUUUGCAACCUUAACAUGAACGUCAACAAUACGAAGGAGCAGAGUAAGGAUUCAAUGCGAGUACUGCCGCCACCCACUGAUUAUCAGUCUGAGAAACUAAUCGAUCAGUGUAAUAAAGAUCAGCAAGUCUCGGGGGCAGUAAGCACUUCUGUGCUACCCUCUUCCACAGAUGUGCCUGAUGACAUUAUUGGGCACACCGGCGUGGAUGCCAACAAUAAUCUUCCGGAGUCUUCUGAUGGUGCAGCAACCAUAUCAUGGGAUAGAAGGGAGAUUGCCAAUGGAGCUAUUUUGAGACAAGGGGAGAACAAGGAAGAUCCGCGUUUAAGAAAUGGGCCUGUAUUGUCAGCCAGGGAGUGGGCUGAUAGCCUUACCAACAUAAGCAUUGGGGAUUUACUCUCAGAUGUGCCCCAUGAUUUAGUUGCCAGCUGCGUUGAUCCAACCUUACCGGGAAGUUCUCAAUGUCUUCAGCUGGGUUCCUUCAGUUGCGAUUCGUUUGAUGCUGCAAUUGCUGCUCAUAUAUAUAGACAUCAAAAUAAAACUAACUUCCCGCCGACUCUGGCAUCCCUUGCAUCACCCAUUUGGGAUGCCGAAGAAACAUGCGAUGCCUUCUCAUUUCAGAACACUGUUCUCAGGGAGGAGGUCCAGACUGCAUCUGACAUUGCUUCAUCAGACGCCUGCAAGCAGUUUGGUAGAAUGAGUUCAGUGGGAUCUGGCUUUAAUGCUGAGGAGUUGCCUGAAGUUGAGGUGCUUAUGGAUGACAAGCCUGUAGAUGAGGAGCGGAUGGAUGAAAACCCAGCUGAUGAAGGCACUGAAGAUGAUAAUCCUGCUAAUGGAAAUCCAAUGGAUGAGUAUCUGUCUGAUCCACCUAUCCUGGAAGAUUCUGCAAAGGAUCUCAAUGGAUUUACAGAUAUAUAUUGGCCUGACUCUUUAGGACCCUUAGAUUUGGAUAUACCUUCCUCCAGAUACCAUACUGAAGAUCUAAUUUUAAGCGAUAGCCUCAGCGGCUUGAACCGCCUACUUGCCAGCAGUCUCGAUGUGUUUCAGAAUUGCUCGUUCUUUGGAUUGGACAAGAAAGAAAUAUCAUCAACAGUUGAAGCUCAACAAACUGCUUCAUUUUCAGAUUAUAAAAUUGGCAGCGGUGUUUGAGAUUAUACCAAGACCCCCUGGAGACAACAUUUUUAUCAUUGACGGGUCAAGCCAUGGAAUUCAAGCAUUGCUGUUGGUAACUUGUGACUGCGAUUUGUAUCCUGGUUUAGUUGGCUUUGAGUGCCAAGAGAAUUCGGUGACUGCCCUCAUCGGAAGUUUUCUCCCCUGUUGUACAAAAGAUAGAUGUGGAGAAACUUGUUUACAGAUCUCUCUAUUCCAACUUCUGACAUUAUUGGUACAUUUCUGUAAAUUGUGUUUCAGAAGCUGCAAAUGUGCAACCCCCAAAUACACAAAUAACUUUUGAUUAUCUGAGUUUCACAGGCUUGUUAAGUUGAGAAAGUGGACUCAUUUGAACAGUUGGUCCUCAAUGUUAAUUGACUUUUGAGACAGAAAUAGCUUUGAUUAACUGAGUUUCGGAGUUUGUGUUCAGUGGAGUAUGUAGACUCAAUUGAACUGUUGAUUACUCAAAAUGUUAAUUGUCUUCUAAAAUAAUAUGAGAUGUUUUUGUUAUCUGAA